UUCAUACCAGAUGUGACCUUAUAGAUAUUUCACAGUUUAUGCCAGCUAUGAUAGCUAUAAGGUGAUGCUGGAAGUCAUUGUGUUGGACAGAAGUUGUAGGGAUUAGCUAAGUAAUUGUUGGUCCACAUAUGGACAGUUGUGCAGUGUUAUGUAACAUUUGUUGACUCUAUUGUCAAUCCCAGGUGCUUCAGUGUCAAUAUAGAUAAUGGUGAUGAGUUUAAAAGAUGGGGAGCGAGACAGAUUAGUUGAGAGUUUUACAUGUUCGCUGUCAUUAUAGUGUUCACUAGCCAGCAGAACGUUGUAGCAAAUUUGUGUCUAAGGCCUUGUUUAUAGUUAUUAAAGUUAAUUGAUGAAAACGAUUUGUGAAAAUAUUUUAUUUUGAAAUGUUUUUAUUGUAAGGUGAUUAUGAACAAGACUCUUGUAAAAGAGUUAUAUUGAAUACAAAGAUAUACUGUGAAGUGAAGAAACUUAAAAAGUGUUUACAAGGAAAUAAUUAUAAAUAUUAUCACAUAUUUUGAAGUUAUACUUAGAGUGAAAGAAUAAUACGCAAUAUAUUUGACUGAACAAGUGACAUCAAGACGCAGUUAGGGCAAUUAACCAUAGUUGUUUAGUAUGGACAUUGUGUAUUCUUGUCCUAAAAGAAGAAAAAUCAGGAAAAUAUUAGGAAGAGUACCCUGUGUAAGUUUGGGAAAUCUAACUAUGGAAAUGGAAGGUAUUGCGGAGGAAGACGAGUACGCAGUAGGCUUGGACAAACCAAUCAUGUCACCUGACUGGCUGAAUCGGGUUUGGACGGAGCGGGACAAGGUGGACUUCCGUGCAGAUGAUCAGUGUGUGAUGAAAUACAAGGUUCCACCGUUCCACAAGAAGUGUCUCAGUUUCCUAGGCUUUACACACGAUGAACAGAAUCAUAUGGAGGAAAUCACCAUAGAAAAUGGUGGAACAUUUGCGAGUGUGGGAGACCAUGAAUGUACACAUCUGAUCGUGGACGAGGCUGUUAAGGAGAUGCCAGAGGACAUCAUGGCGCCUAGAUAUGUUGUCAAGGGAGAGUGGUUUUGGGCAUGUAUACAGAUGGAGGCGAGGGCGGCAGAAAAACUUUACACAUUUCAGAAGCCAGGAGAACCCAUACAAAACUUGUUUACUCCGAGCACAAAUAUGUCGGGCUCCAAAUCACGGAAACGUAAACGUCUCAAGGAGAACAUCGCCCAUCUGGCGUCGGACGAGGAGUUAGAAUCACCCCUGUACAACAAGCGACGGUCCAGCGGCCUUGAUGGGGUUAUUAGUCCGAACUCCUUCCUGGAUGCUUCAAACACGCCAGAUAUCUCAGAUAUCAACCUCAAUGAGAAAGAACAAGUUAAGGUGACACCACGGUUACAAGUUGUUAAGGAGUUCCUUCAGACGGAGAAAAACUAUGUCGGCAUUCUACACACCCUGCUAAAUACAUUUAAAGCCCAGAUCGAGACCCAGGAGCAGUACAACGGUGCAAUCCUGUUGAGCCAGGACAUUAAGCUGAUAUUCGGCAAUAUUCCCCCGAUCUACAACAUCCACUGUUCAAUACGAGACGAGCUGGCUGACAUGGUCGACACAUGGCAUGAAGAGAAGCUGGUCGGCAAAGUCAUCAGUGAAAAUGCUGAAGCGUUGGUGAAGGCGUACCCGCCAUUUGUGAACUUCUUCGAGGACACCAAGGAGAGAAUCAAACACUGUGAUAAAACCCAACCAAGGUUCCACGCCUUCCUGAAGGUGUGUCAGACAAAACCGGAGUGCGGGAGACAGACGUUGACGGAGCUGCUGAUAAGGCCGGUGCAAAGGCUGCCUAGUAUUACACUCCUUCUGAAUGAUAUUAUAAAGCGUACAAGCAAGACGAACCCUGACUAUGUGCAGUUGGAAAAGGCAAAUAAUGUGUUAAAAGAAGUUAUGACGCAUAUCAACGAGGACAAGCGGCGGACCGAGAGCCAGGUGGUAAUGUUUGACAUCCUGAAGGAUAUUGAAAACUGCCCUGCAUCGUUGUUAUCAUCUCACCGGAACUUUUUAUCUCGUGUGGAUGUAAUUGAGCUAUCCUCAUGCCUGUCUGAUCGUGGAGCCCCUCUUUCUCUCUUCCUGUUUUCUGAUUGUCUUGUGAUAUGUAAACGCAGAACAAAAGUGCUACACUCAAAGAGCCCAGCAGCCUCCAAAACUCCACAAAAGGGCUACAAACACCUCGAGUUCCUACCUCUACAGUGUGUGAGGAAAGUCCUUGACAUUCUCGAGACAGACGAGUGUAAGGACGCCUUUGGUCUCAUCGUUAAAAACACAGAGGACAUGAAGGAGAAGCUGUAUUCAUUCAUGAUGGAUUCUGAGGAUGUUACGAAAAGUUCAAUGGUCUCAUCGGUGGCUAAGUCGAUAGCAAACACGCUCUGCAGGACAGAUUACGAGAACCUGAUAUCCACAGUCGAGGGGAACCAAUUUUCUGUGAGCACCCAGGACCUCUCUGGACAGACCCUCUCCAAGGCUGCUAGCAGGUUUAGCAGGCGUGUGAGUCGAGCAUUCUCCUUCAAUAAGACGCCCCGGAGAAUCAAGCGGGCUGUCUCCCACGUGUUCAGCCCAUUUGUGAAAGACAACCCGCGUGAAUUCACCCCGGGAAAUCUCAAGGGGAAAAGACUUGCCAGCAGUAUAGAUCUUACAAAUGACGACAAUAUUAGUUUGAGCGGCAUCUACGACGAUGACACGGUCAGUUUAGGGGCAUUCUCCAUGAAGGGCUCGUAUGAUUGACAAACCGCGGCCCCGCCCAUCAAAUACGCCAGGACCAAUAGGGGCCAUAGAUUAGCCAGCUUUCCUAGCUUCCGUAGACGUAGUAGCUGUAGUGACGUCACUGAUUACCUGAACAGAUCAUCUCAAGAACGACCAAUAAACACAAGAGGCGGAUGGAAUGUUGAUGUCAAAUCCAUUGAUAUCAAAUCCUUAUCUUCAGAAAAUAGUACUAGUGUUAAAACUACUAUAUAUGAAGAUGAAUGUUUUAAGGCGAACAAAACGCUGCCAGUCAUUUCAGGAUCCAGAGUUAAAAAUCCUUUGAACACAUCGACAAAGAAUAAACUUAAAACAUUAGUUGACAAUGGGAAUGAUUUAUCAAAUGACUCUACAAAAUUGAAGUUGAAGACUUUAGUUGAGAGGCAUUCUGUGUGGAGGAAUAGACUCCGAAGAAUACGCAGCCUGAACGUUAUUAUGGAGUCGUCAGUUUAGAUGUGAUUCUUGUUGUUGAUUUGCAGUGAUGUUUUUAUUGUAGACCAUACAUGCAGGCUUUCAAGUGGGCCCUAUCUUUCUUACUUUUAUGCUGAAAGAAAAUAGAGAAUUAAAAAAAGUGUUUUAGAAACACCAGACAUUUUGACAUCAAAUCCCUACAAUGUACCUUUUCUAAUACUUUUUCGAAAAAAAUGCAUGUUCAUUCAUCCCAACUGAUUUGUUAAUGGUCAGACUUGAAAGCCUGUAGAUGUUGAUAUUGAAAGCUUCGUGGUGUGAUAUUAUGACAAUUAUUUCAAGUUCAUGUGGUUAUGUAACUUAUAGAAAACCUGGUAGAACAAAAGAAAUACAGUUGCAAAGUUUGUAUAGAAAAAUUCUGACAUUUCUUAAUAGGGAAUUAUAACAUUUAAUGAAUGUGAUCUUAUUUUCUGUAUGACUCAAUUGGAAAGAUUAAUCCAAGCAUAUACUUUUUUAAGAAUUAUAAGGGCUUUUUUUAGCUCUUUGGGAUAUUAUUAAAUGUUAUUCAUUGGAAAUUCACAUAGAUUCAAUGAGAAUUUUUACAUUCAAAAUAGGGGAAGUCCUCUUCUGGUAUAAACCAUACACUGGCUAUAAAGUCAUAUAACAUCUGUUAACGAAAUAAAUGGAAAUAUGCUUUGAAUCUAACAAAUGAAAUAUCGAUAUCGUAAACACCGCUUAUAAUGAAACCAUUACAUGUGAAACAAAGAAUCAUAUUGUAUGUUUGUACAUAUGUGUUUGAAAAGUAUUGUUGUUAUCAAAACAUUUUACUAAACAUACAUGUAUGGUAGGACUAAGGGCUUGAGAAUGACACAAAGUAUAAAUCUAAACUUCAUUACAUUACAGUAAAACGCAAUUGGCCCAUUGUUCAGAACUUUGUUACCAUUAGCAACAUGAUUUAUAACAUUGUUGACUUUUAAACGGGAAAUAUUUGAUGAUGCGCUCACUCACAUACUUAAAUAUAAGAAAGUAGAGCUUAAACAGUUCUCUUAAAUCAUGUUAAAAAUAAAGCAGAUCACAAGUGUAUACAUUACUUUCCAGAACAGUAACCAUUUGAAAGUCAAUUAUGAUGAUGUUAACAACUUUGUUAAUUGACUUGACUAAACAGUUGACUAAACGUAAACCGGGUAUUGAUUGUAAAUAUGAAUGUUGAUUAUUUAUGAACUUCUUGGUUGUGAUUCUAUUUUCCGCUCUUCUUUCAUUCUGACUUCCUUUCUUUUCUUAACUCGAUUUCUGUAGUAUUUAAAUUGAUUCUCUGAUAUGGAAUUAAGUUUAACAUUUAUUAUAAGCUGUUUAUCAUUGUUAAUUACUCACUUGAUAUGUUAUAUAUCCAGUAUGGUUUGUAAAAUAAAAAGGGUUUUGUAAACAAAUCUAUGAAUAUAGAUUUGAAAGUAGCAAAAAACUUUUUAUAAAAUACAAACAGUGUCAAUCAAAAAAUAUUUUAAAAGUUUUCAAAUAGAAUUGAAAAGUACAGUUGAAACCUAUUGGUUCGAUAUCCCAGGGAUUAGCCAAAAUUCUUCAAGCCUUGCAAAUAUCGAACCAUGCGGGAAUGUUUACAAAGAGUAAAACUGAAUCUGUCCUUUACAUGUGAGCCAACCAGGAAAUUGAGCCACGUAAUAUCGAGCCAACAGGUUUCGACCAUCACUUUUUAAAUUUUAAUUCAUAAAUUCACCCAAUUGGUUUAGUUAAUGUUUCAAUUCAUUAUCGCUUCAUAUUAUAUGCCAUAAUAUCAGUAUAACACAUACAUACUUUCUGUAUUCUUUACAACUCACGCACAGUAUUUUGAAUGAUUUCACAUUUGCAAUUAUUUUUAGUACUAGUUGCUCCAUAUUCAUGAAAUACAUUAUAUUAAAUGAUUCUUGAGACCUUGAUUCAAGAAAGUAAAGUACAUUCCUUUUUUUUCUUUUUUUUAUUACAUUCCCCUAGUUUUUUCUAUAUGGAAAUUAAGAUGAACGAGCAUGGUUAUGACAUCAUUGCUUAUUUCUUUGCUGCACCGUGAUUGGACAAGCUUGGUGUCAUAUCUUAGAAACAUUUACAGCAGACUGGAACAAAUGUAAAUUAAACGAUUGAUCCUUAUAUUUCGCGUGUUCAUACAGUAUGGACACUCUGACGCGAUUGUGUAAUUCUAUGAAAUGCGUUGAAUGAGCAGUAUAAUUUAGAAAAAGUAACAUAACCGUCUGUAUUUGAAUAUCAUAUGGUAUAUUCUGGCAUUAUCCCCAUAAAAAGAUUAUUCUCAAACUAUUCAAAAUACUGUGCAGUAUUUAUAACUUUUAUUGUUAUCGACAUUUACAUGUAUAUUUGAUUUCUUCAUAGUGCUUUUAUUGUAUUGGCUUAUUUUCUGUGUAUAUAAAGCCAUUUUAAGAAAUGAACCUUAAGUAUUCUGACUGUUUUUAUCUCUCCAGUUUAAUUCUUUUGGUCGAAGCAUAUCGAUGGGUGAAAGUGAACAGGUUCUAUCUGCAUCCUAAAUAAAUGUAACUAAGGCCUAAAAAUGGUUUGUUUAAGGUAACAUCCCCAAAAUUAUUAGGUAGGAUAGGUAUAGAUUUUUUUUUUUUUCCAAAUAUACUUUGUCAAACGUUAUUUCUUGCAAAUGUCACUUAAAUAUUGCUGUUGUUAUGGAGCUUUAUUCUCUGUGGAAAACUAAUGAAAGUUUUAACAAAAUUGUGUUGAUGGUGGCAGGACCUUUUUUUCUUAAAUACAAAGGUCUGCAGCUUUUAUAAUGUUGGGUCGGGUUACCUAAAAUAAACAAUUUUUGUUAGGCCUAAGAACCUUUUUGCUUCCCCCCUUUCUUUGUAAUAUGUCCAUAUACAGUUCAAUGAUCUGAUAUUUAUUCGUUUCUUUGUAUUUAAAAGUUCCUUUUAUUUGACUUGGAAUUUAGUUCAAAUUAAAGAAAUCAAACAUGCUAAUUUUCAGAAUAAUAAAAAAAAACAUUUUUAUGUUAGUGUAAUAUUUUUACUAUGUACAAAGUUUUACUGUACUCUAGAAUUCUUCAUGUGAUGUAAAUACUGUUAUUUGUAAAUGUGUCAUGUAGGGACCAACAAUCUGCACACAUUCACUGUUUUACCACUGUGCCAUGUUUGUAAGAGCAUUUGACGAGGGUGAUAGCGAAAAGUUCUAAGUGUGUUUACAUUUUUAGGUCUCUUAGAAUCAGGGUUGUGAUUUGAUGGCUCAAGGGAUCAAUACAAAUAAUAAAAAAAUGCUUUGAAAAAGUGAAAUGGUAGCUUUUUGUUCUUACUUUACUAACAAGACUUGUUAGUAUUUGCACUUCAGUUUGCUUCAAAUUUGAAGGAAGGAAAGCCCUCAAAAGGGUUUCUAAAAGCCAGUUUUGCCUCUGGCAGGGUGCCUUGAGCACCCCCAAAUCCCAUGGUUUCAGCCCUUCAGCUGCCAUGUCAAUCACCUCCCUGAUUUAAGGUAUCUUAGAAAUCUUUUCCUUUCAUCGUUUAUCCAGCUUUCCAGUUUGAUAUUGUCGUGAAUUAUUGAAAACAUAUUUUUAUCAUAUUACAUGUAAACUCAAUGGAAAUGAUAAACACCAUAUG